ACCACUGUUUGGUUAUUGACAAAGAAGGAAAAAAAGAAACAAAAAAAAUGGCAGGAAGAUUGAGCAGCGUAGCGUCAACGAUCAUGGGGGGAAACGGCAUCGUUUCACGCUCUGUCGCCUCCUCUCUUCGCCUCCGUUCCGGCAUGGGUCUCCCUGUGGGCAAACACAUCGUCCCCGACAAGCCCCUUCCUGUAAAUGACGAGUUAAUUUGGGACAAUGGAACUGCAUUUCCAGAACCAUGUAUUGAUCGAAUCGCAGAUACUGUUGGAAAGUACGAGGCAUUGGCUUGGUUGUGUGGAGGCUUGAGCUGCUUUGCAUCGUUGGGAUUAUUAGCUUGGUGGAAUGAUAAAGCGUCUAGGAUUCCAUUCACACCAAAAGUAUAUCCAUAUGACAACCUGCGGGUGGAGCUUGGUGGAGAACCAUAGUUACAUCCUUGUGCGAGAAAUCGUACAGUUAUUUUGGUUUCACUUAUGUCCUCUUUAUGUUUAUUUGUUUUCUUUUGGAACUAAAAAACAGUUAAAUAAUGGAUUGUGGGUUUGUUGCUGAAACAAAUGUUUUGAACAAACAGCCCAAUGUUGUUUGGUUCAUAACUCAUUGAAAAUAUUAUUUAAGAUGCAUUGACUCUUGUCUUUUUCA